AUGAACGAAACAGGAUCCAUCGAGUCACAGUGGCUGGCUCAGCUAGCUGCCAUGCGCCAAGCCAUCGCAGAUUUAAACCUUACCAAAGACCCCGCCAACACCCAGCUCGCAUACGGCAGCGAUCUCGACCUCGACCUAGACGAGCACUCCUCUUCCGCUGGAACCGUCGACGAUGUCUGGGACCUGAUCAGCUCUGACGAUGAGUCGGCGAGCGAAGGACUCUAUGAAAUCGAUGAUCUCCCCUCCCCUCCCGCCUCCGAGCAAUACGAUCAGACGUGGCUGAAGGAGAGAUCCCAGGUUCUCGCUUCACAGCAACCUGGGAUGGACUCGAGCGAAAUAGCGCAGCAAAUCAUAGCCGCACUAGCUACCGACAGUGGCGAUGACGAGCUACAGAUGUCCCUAGCCGAAAUCGUGGGAUUUGACGACCUGGAUUUCGUUAUCGAGUUGAUCGCACACCGGAAGGAAAUACUAGGGAGCCUAGAUGCUGGUCCGAGGAAAACCCAGGCCCAGACGGAUGGGUUGGCGUCUGGACGAUUGCAGACAAGGGCUGAGAGAGAGCAGGCACUCCGGCGGCAAGACCUUGAACAUAAAAACGCAGUAUUGAUGCCCGAGCAGACCCGACAGGGACCUAAGUACCCGCAUGUCUUCAAAACGCACGACUCGAGGAAUACGCUCGCCUUGAAUGGAAAAAGCUACGGAUUGCCAGUGGGUAGUAGGCAGAUUGACGAGCCAAAAUAUACGGAGGUCGAAGUCCCAGCUGCGAGGGUCGGGACCAUUGCACAGCAACAGAAACUAGUUCCGAUCUCGUCUAUGGAUGGCCUUUGCCGGGGUACCUUCAAGGGCUACAAGACAUUGAAUCGAAUGCAGAGUUUACUGUACGAUGUCGCCUACAAGACUAGUGAGAACAUGCUGAUUUGCGCACCGACUGGUGCGGGUAAAACCGACGCUGCUAUGCUGACAAUCCUCAAUGCUAUUGGGAAGAACACAAUCCCAAAUCCUGCUGAGCAGCCCGAUGCAACCGAGUUUUCUGUUCUAGUGGACGAUUUCAAGAUCGUCUACGUGGCUCCCAUGAAGGCCCUCGCGGCCGAAGUCACCGAGAAACUCGGGAAACGCCUUGCGUGGCUCGGAGUCAAAGUUCGUGAGCUGACUGGUGACAUGCAGUUGACGAAGCGGGAGAUUGUGGAAACCCAGAUCAUAGUCACCACCCCUGAAAAAUGGGAUGUGGUGACGCGAAAGAGUACCGGAGACACGGAGCUCGUGCAAAAGGUCCGCUUGUUGAUCAUUGACGAAGUCCAUAUGCUUCAUGAUGAGCGUGGUGCGGUCAUCGAGUCAUUGGUGGCUCGUACCCAGCGACAGGUGGAAAGUACCCAGUCGCUCAUUCGUAUCGUCGGUCUAUCGGCGACCCUGCCAAACUAUAUUGACGUCGCCGAUUUCCUGAAGGUCAAUAAAAUGGCUGGAUUGUUUUUCUUCGAUUCUUCAUUCCGACCAGUGCCUCUUGAGCAGCAUUUUAUUGGUGUCAAGGGGAAGCCGGGCUCCAAGCAAUCUCGCGAUAAUAUUGAUACUGUAGCAUUUGAGAAAGUUCGGGCCAUGCUUGAGCGAGGACACCAGGUCAUGGUGUUUGUUCACUCGCGCAAAGACACGGUGCUGACAGCGCGCAUGCUCAAGCAGAUGGCAGUCCAGGAUGGCUGCGAGGCGCUCUUUAGUUGCCAUGAACAUGAAAAUUAUUCCAACGCGCUUCGAGAUAUGAAACAUGCUCGUGCUCGCGAACUCCGUGACCUGUUCUCAAGCGGGUUUGGCACGCAUCAUGCCGGAAUGAGCCGGAGUGACCGAAACCUCAUGGAGCGUAUGUUUUCUGAGGGGCUGAUCAAGGUUCUCUGCUGUACAGCCACGCUUGCUUGGGGUGUUAACCUUCCGGCCGCAGCGGUCGUCAUCAAAGGAACUCAGCUGUACAAUCCACAAGAGGGUAAAUUCGUCGACCUUGGCAUCCUGGAUGUCUUGCAAAUCUUUGGCCGUGCUGGUCGUCCCCAAUUCCAGGAUACAGGUAUCGGUUUCAUUUGCACGACUCACGAUAAAUUGAACCACUACCUGUCUGCAGUAACUUCGCAGCAACCGAUCGAAUCUCGCUUCUCGAGCCGAUUGGUGGAUAAUCUGAACGCUGAGAUUUCCCUAGGAACAGUGACGUCGAUUUCAGAAGCAGUGCAGUGGCUGGGUUAUUCCUAUCUAUUCGUGCGCAUGAAGCGUGAGCCCCGGAACUAUGGCAUCGAUUACACUGAAAUGAUAGACGACCCUGGGCUGGUCCUAAGGCGUCGCCAGCUCAUCAUUCAGGCUGCGCUUGUUUUGCAAAAGAGCCAGAUGAUUAUCUACAACGAGACGACUGAGGAGCUCCGAGCUAAGGAUGUUGGACGUAUUGCAAGUCAAUACUACGUACUCCAGACAAGUAUUGAGAUAUUCAACGAGCUGAUGCGGCCCCGGUCUGGCGAGGCAGACGUCUUGCGAAUGAUUAGUAUGAGUGGUGAAUUUGAUAAUAUCCAAUCCCGCGAAAGUGAGUCGAAGGAACUCACUAGACUUCGCGACGAGGCAACCCAGACUGAAGUGGAAGGUGGGAAUGACUCUGCACAAGCAAAGACCAAUAUCCUGCUUCAGUCUUACAUUUCUCGGGCCAAAAUUGAAGACUUCGCCUUGGUCUCGGACACCGGGUAUGUAGCGCAAAAUGCAGCUCGUAUCUGUCGCGCUCUGUUCAUGAUUGCAUUGAACCGACGCUGGGGUUAUCAAUGCCAGGUACUUCUCUCUAUGUGUAAGUCUAUCGAGAAGCAGAUGUGGCCAUUCGACCACCCAUUCCGCCAGUUCGACCUGCCGCAGCCGAUUUUGAGGAACCUGGAAGAGAGGCUGCCGUCAUCAUCCGUUGAGUCGAUGAGGGAUAUGGAGACCGCGGAACUUGGCCAACUUGUCCAUAACAACAAAAUGGGCAAAACAUUGGCGAAGUUGCUGGAUAACUUCCCAACGCUAAGUGUCGAGGCUGAGAUUGCACCGCUGAACCGUGAUGUUCUACGCGUGCGCCUGAUGCUUUAUCCCGAGUUCACAUGGAACGAUCGACACCACGGCGCGUCUGAGUCUUACUGGGUCUGGGUCGAGAACUCAGAAACUUCUGAAAUCUACCAUCAUGAGUACUUCAUUCUCAGUCGAAAGAAACUCUACGAUGACCACGAACUAAACUUUACCAUUCCUCUUUCCGAUCCGUUGCCGAGCCAAAUCUAUGUUCGAGCGAUAUCAGAUCGUUGGUUGGGAGCAGAGACUGUUACGCCGAUAUCAUUCCAGCACUUGAUCCGUCCGGAUACGGAGAGCGUGUAUACAGAUCUUCUCGAUUUGCAGCCACUUCCCAUAUCUGCUUUGAAUAAUCCCAUCCUUGAAGAGCUGUAUGGGCAGCGUUUCCAGUACUUCAACCCGAUGCAAACUCAGCUUUUCCACGUUCUAUAUCACACCGCGGCGAAUGUGCUUCUUGGAUCGCCGACCGGUAGUGGAAAGACAGUGGCUGCAGAGCUGGCUAUGUGGUGGGCUUUUAGGGAGCGUCCGGGCUCCAAAGUUGUGUACAUUGCGCCCAUGAAAGCGCUUGUUCGCGAGCGUGUAAUGGACUGGGGGAGACGAGUCACAGCACCCAUGGGCCUGAAACUGGUUGAGCUGACUGGAGACAACACGCCUGACACGCGCACAAUCCGAGAUGCAGACAUCAUCAUCACCACGCCGGAAAAGUGGGACGGUAUCUCCCGUAGCUGGCAGACCAGAGAUUAUGUCCGCAAGGUGAGCUUGGUCAUCAUUGACGAGAUUCAUCUGCUUGGCGGUGACCGUGGGCCUAUUCUCGAGAUCAUCGUGUCUCGAAUGAACUAUAUUGCCUCACAGUCAAAGGGGUCGGUCCGUUUAAUGGGCAUGUCGACGGCCUGUGCAAAUGCCUCGGAUCUUGCAAACUGGCUGGGGGUCAAGGAAGGGCUGUACAAUUUCCGGCACUCCGUUCGACCUGUUCCUCUCGAGAUAUUUAUCGACGGGUUCCCCGAGCAGCGAGGCUUCUGCCCUCUCAUGCAGUCGAUGAACCGACCUACUUUCUUGGCCAUCAAGAACCACUCGCCCGAGAAGCCUGUGAUUGUCUUUGUCGCCUCUCGUAGGCAGACGCGACUGACUGCCAAAGAUCUGAUCAACUUUUGCGGAAUGGAGGACAACCCUCGUCGUUUUGUUCGCAUGUCAGAAGAUGACCUGCAGUUGAACCUUGAACGGGUAAAGGAUGAUGCUCUGAGGGAGGCGCUGUCCUUUGGCAUCGGCCUGCAUCAUGCUGGUUUGGUAGAAUCCGAUAGGCAACUGGCGGAGGAGCUCUUUGCCAACAACAAGAUCCAGAUCCUUGUAGCCACCAGCACUCUUGCGUGGGGUGUCAAUCUUCCUGCCCAUCUUGUUGUCGUCAAAGGAACGCAGUUCUUCGACGCCAAAACAGAGGGUUACAAAGACAUGGAUCUGACGGAUGUUCUACAGAUGCUGGGUCGUGCUGGCCGUCCUCAGUUCGAUUCGUCCGGCAUUGCGCGCAUCUUCACACAGGACUCGAAGAAGGCGUUCUACAAGCACUUUUUGCAUACCGGUUUCCCUGUUGAGUCUACGCUUCACAAAGUCCUUGAUAACCACUUGGGCGCCGAAGUAUCCGCGGGAACUAUUACCACCAAACAAGAUGCUCUAGACUAUCUCACCUGGACGUUCUUCUUCCGGCGUCUGCACAAGAAUCCGUCCUACUACGGCCUGGAGAUUUCAGCAGAUCAGCACAACUCUCUCGAAGCUCAGACAUUGGCGCAAGACUUCAUGAUCGACUUGGUCGACAAGUCCCUCGGCGAGCUGUCGGAAUCCAACUGCAUAAUCUUCGACUCGGCAACCGGCGAGGUCGACGCAACCCCUUUUGGCAAGAUUAUGAGCUACUACUACCUCGCGCACAAGACGAUCCGGUACCUUCUCUCGCACGCGAAGCCGUCACCGACUUUCCACGACGUCCUCAGCUGGAUGUGCUCCGCCACCGAGUUCGACGAACUUCCCGUCCGCCACAACGAAGACCUCAUCAACGCCGAGCUCUCACGGAACCUGCCCCUCUCCGUCGACCCAAUGGGCGACCUACCCAUGUGGGACCCCCACGUCAAGGCCUUCCUCCUCCUUCAGGCCUACAUGUCUCGCAUCGAUCUUCCCAUCUCUGAUUAUGUUGGAGAUCAAACAUCCGUCCUCGACCAGAGCAUCCGUAUCAUCCAGGCCUCGAUCGAUGCAAUGGCGGAGCUGGGAUACACAGCUGCAUGCCGCACGUUUAUUACUCUUCUGCAGAGCAUUAAAUCCGCCCGGUGGCCAACCGACCACCCACUCUCCAUCCUCCCAGGCGUCAACCCAUCUAGUGACACUGACAACAAGAGCCCUCUCCCGCCAACCCUAACCGCCCUGACUUCCCUACCCCACGGAGCAAUCACAUCGCUUCCGGGUAAACUUCACCUCCCAGGUCCCUCGCAAUCUCAGUUUACCAAGGCAGUGAGCCAUCUCCCGCGACUCGCAGUGUCCGUCCCACGAUCCUCCGAGCGCGGCAUAACAGUCUCCCUAACGCGCAAUAACCGCCCCAAUAACUCAGAGUUUCGCAUCUACGCGCCGCGAUUCCCUAAGCCGCAAACAGAGGGUUUCUUCUUGCUCGUUUGUGCCGCGAAAUCUGAUGGUCAGGACGGAGACCUGGUGGCGCUUAAGCGUGUUUCGUGGCCUACUGGUAAUAACAAUCACAGCAAUAGCGGGAAAGGAUCGAGCAGAGGCAACCAUAGCGGAAAGGGCCGAGGACACGGGCACGGUCCCGUGUCGACGAAUUCAACCGUCAAGUUCCCCCGUGGUCUCCCGGUUCCAGACCGUGUCAAUGUCAGGGUCAUGAGCGAUUCGUAUCCGGGGAUGGAAUGGGUGGUUUCUGGCGUCGAGGUUGUCGCUGAGGCUGGUGGUAGUGGGAAGGGGAAGGGCAGACAAGUUGUGCCUGAGUCGAGUGUUCCUGUGAAGGAGUGA